UUUCCUAUAAAAUUGUAACUAAAUUCUGCCGAAAUUCCAUUGUAAUUUAGAACACAAUGCUACUUCGGCAUCUGCAAACACGAUCCAUCUCGACCUUCGGCCGAUGGUACCGGAAACUGUGGCAGAGCAAACCGUCGAAUGAACCUCCCUUCGGUCAUGUUACGCAAAUAGGCGAUCCGGUUCUGCGCCAAACGGCGGCACUUGUCCCCGCCGAGGCGGUCAAUUCGCCGGAAGUUAAGUACCUAGUCAAGCACAUGGUACACGUUAUGCGCAAGUAUGACUGCGUAGGACUGGCGGCGCCCCAGAUAGGCAUUUCACUGAAGAUUCUGGUGAUGGAGUUCGAGGACCGGCUGAAGAAGUACUACACCAAUGCGGAGUACAAGAUCAAGGAAAUGGAAACGCUACCCCUCACGGUUUUCAUCAAUCCGGAAAUGAAAGUUACCAACUAUGAGAAACUUAGUUUUCCGGAGUCCUGUGCCAGCGUGAAAGGAUACAGUGGCGAAGUGCCACGCUAUGCUGGAGUACUGCUAAGCGGACUAGACGAAAACGGUCAAAGCCGGGAAUUGGACCUGAAGGGGUGGAAUGCCCGCAUUGCCCAGCACGAAAUGGACCACCUGAAUGGCGUUGUCUACACGGACGUUAUGAAGCGAGAUACUUUCACGUGCACCUGCUGGCACGCAGUGAAUGAGAACCACGGGAGGGUGAGGAUAUCUUUUCAUCAGAAGUAAAUAUGGUUGUUAUAUAAUUUGUUAGGAAAUGAAAUUUGACAGAGAA